GAUUCCUUAUACAUCAGGAGAGUAUCACCAUGAUGAUGUUGACCAUAUUUCUGCUUCUCAGCGCUGCCUUUACUCUGGGGGAUCUGAAUGACACAGAGAAUCAAAUUAUUGAGAAUCUGAUACGCAACCUGCCAAUUGAGUCUGAGGAGAUGGGAGCGAAGGAGAAAGGGGGAUUACAAACCAGGAGUUCAUCAUGCCCACCUGGUUGGCACAGAUAUGAGACACACUGCUAUCACUACGUCCCCAUCAUGGCCAAAUGGCCAGAGGCAGAGCAUUACUGUUUGCUAUUGGGAGGUAACCUGGCGUCAGUGCACAGCCUCUCUCAGUAUAACUUCCUUCAGUCAGUCAUCCAAAGUAGUGCCAACGGAGCCCAGCGCACCUGGAUUGGAGCCAACGAUGCCAUCAAGGAGGGUCUUUGGCUGUGGAGCGAUGGGUCCAGGUUUAGCUACCAGAACUGGGGCAAGGGGCAACCUGAUAACUACAUCCAUGUUGCUGGGAACGACAACACAAAUGGCCGUGAGCAUUGUAUGGAGAUGAACUCUGGAGGGGACUUCGGGCAGAAUGAUGCAGCCUGUUGGAUGCAAAUUCCAUUCAUGUGUUCCAGAAAGCUGUAAUAUCUACUGAUUGGGAGAGAAUUCAUGUUAUAACAUUACUCCCCUCAUGUUUAGUGUACUUUUAGAUUUUUGCUGAUUUUAAUGAGAUUCUAUUGCCUUAUGUUGAUGAUUAUUGCUAAUUAUGUAAAGUGACUUUGGGUCUCUUGAAAAGCACUUAAAAUAACAUUUCUAAAAUGUAUUAUUAUUACAUCUGAGAGGCUCUCAGGCGAUGGGAUUCUUCACUAAAGUCAGUCUGUAAUAUUUGCUAUUGUUCAGUGGUAAUUUUGGCAAAACCCCCCAGAGAAUUCUCAUGGGUGGCUCCAGGGUGGGGGUUGCCUUUGCAGAAACAAUGUAUUAGUAUGUAUAUGCAUGUAAACCCUUGAUUUCAAGCACCCCUUUGCAAUGACCGAACCUACCCCUUAGUUAGGCUCUCGGCAUAUAGGAUUCUUUGAACCAAGGAUGGUAUUGGAUGCUAGAUAUUGCUGUAUAUCUGGCCAAAUACACUCACUAUGAAAAAUAUGAUGUUGAAACGGCUGAUUAGAUUUAAAGUACCUCUGGGAGCUAACUGGCCUGUCAGCCUUGUGGGUUUCGAGGACUGUAAUGAGCUCAGCUGCCACAGUCGAGUUCAGAUGCAUUUUACUCCGGGCUGAGGCUAGGCCAGAUCUGGGCUGGAUGGAAGAAUGGAAAAACGCACAUUUGCUACAGGAGUUCCUCAAACACACAACGCCAACCAGCGUGCCAGACACCCCUCCCUGCAUCCCUGCCGUCAAAUCCACUCGUCCCCCUAAAGAGGCAGCUGAUAUGACUUAAGUGCUCUCCGUCUGGCUGCGUGGUGGAGAGUGGGUUAUGGAGACGAGGGGUGCUCCACCUCCCUGCCAUGCACUCAGACUGUAGCUGGCUGGAGACAUACCUGUUUACUGCACCGUAAAGUAGGGCAUGGAUGGCAACCAUGCCAUGGGGGAGGGGGAAUAACAAAUGGAAAACGCAUCAUGGUAGUGCAGAAUACUGUACCCUGCAGUGUUUCGUAGCUACAUGGGUUGAUGUUGUGUGUCAUACUCAUGUGGGUGUUGUCUCAAGAGAUGCCUGUAUGUAUGCUUGCAUGCGUGUAGGUAGAUAGCCUACACACCGUUCACUAGAGAUUUGACUACUACAGUAUGACAUUUCUGCUGAGACAAAAUAGUACAUGCAUGACAGAGUGCAUGCCUGCUUGCACGCAAGUACAUAUAUUGGUAGCCCACAUAGAGUACACUUGAUUAGUCCUGCCCAGGCGAAUCUCCAGAAUUAUACCAAAAUAUUACCUCUGAUGGAGCGUGGAAUUUCACCAGUCACCAGAGGGCGGCAGAGACCGUCCUAGAGACAUUAACGACACUCAGGUGUGUCCAAUUCACUCAUGAUUUCCCUGUUAAAAGAGGUGUGUUUUCUGUUGUCCUUUGCAGAAGCUAAUAUUGUUUACUGUGGGUGGUCGGUUGGUUCCUGAGUGAUUUUUCGAGACUUAGUUGUUGGUUCCCCCUAAGUGUAUUGUGAUCCUGCGGCUACUGUUCCUCAGGAAAGUAUGUUUAUCCUUAACCACUGAUUCCUCAUCUGGUGUCUUCUCUGCACCUGGGUCCAUCCUUAUGUCACAGGAAUACCAGUUGAAACUAGUUUGGUUUACAUUCUGACAUACAGUACCAGUCAAAAGUUUGGACACACCUACUCAUUCAAUGGUUUUUCUUUAUUUUUACUAUUUUCUCCAUUGUAUUAUAACUCACCUGCAGUGUUUCAAACAUUGUUCAAUGACAAAGUCAUCAAAACUAUUAAAUAACACAUGGAAUCAUGUAGUAACCAAAAAAGUGUUAAACAAAUCAAAAUAUAUCUGUUAUGCAGGUGAAUGAGGACCCA